AUGUAUUGUGGAUAUAUUUAUAAAUUAGGUCAAUUCUUAUAUAAAAAGAGAUAUUUCGAAAUAAUUUAUGAUCAUGAUCAAAUAUUAUUGGAAAAUCAACCACAUUCAUCUUCACCAAAAUUAUGUUAUUAUGACAAUGAAAAUAAAAAAUAUAAAAGAGGUUCAAUAGAAAUUCAAGAUAUUUUAUAUUUUAAUAUUUCAAAAGAAUACUCCUACAAUCAUGGUAAUGUUUUUGGAUUUGAAUUAACAAUACCAGGAAGGGUUUUUUGUUUUUAUACAAAUACAGAAUCAGAGAGAAUUUAUUGGAUUGAAGCAAUUACAACAAUUUCAUCAAAAUUAAAACAAAAUAAAAUUGAUAAUAGAAUUAAUGAUAAUUUAAAAUCAACCAAUUUUUUACCACAGUCACCACAACUUUCUAUAAAAAAUGAUCAUGAUGAAAAUGAAAAUGGGGAAAAUGAAAAAGAUGAAAAUUAUGGUGAUAAUAAUGAAAAUGAAAAUGAAAAUGAAAAUGAAAAUGAAAAUGAAAAUGAACUAAAAAAUAAUAAUCAACAAUUAAAUAAUGAGAAUCAAAAAUAUUAUUUCAAAGAAACACUAUUUGAAAUUUUCAAUUUAAUUGAUAAUUUAAAUAAUAGAAAAAUAAAAUUAUUAAAUUAUCAAAAUAUAUUUAAUAAAGAAAUUAUUUAUAAUAUCAAUAACAACAACAAUAAUCCCAAUGAAAAUAAAUUUAAUCAAAUCAAUAUUUUUAAAAAUCAAAUAUUUGAAACUCAAUUUAAAAUUAAUUCAAUUAUUUAUCCAUUAAUUAAAUCAGAAUUAAAGUCAAUUAAAUUAUUUUUAAAUGGUUCAUUAGAUAAUAAUAAUUUUAAUAACUCUUUUUUAAUAAAUAAUGAAAAUAAAUUAUUAGAAAUCUUAAAUGAAAAUAAUAACAAUAACAAUGAAAUGGAAAAUUUUGAUGAGAAAAUUAAAAUUUCAAGAGAACAAUUAAUUUUCAAAACAAAUUUAUUAAAAGAAGAAAUAAACCAAUCAAAUAAUAAUUACAACAAUUCAUCAAUUUCAAAUUUAAGUAUUUUAUUUAAAAAAAUUUCAAAAUUAAAUUCAGAUAAUAAUAGUAAAAUAAAUAGUAAUAUAAAUUAUAGAAAUAAAAUUGAUGACCACCAAAAUGAAUGUAGUGAAAUUAAAAAAUGUGAUAUUUUAGAACUUUUUUUUAAUGAUGGUAUGUUAAAUAAAAUGGAAGAAUAUAAUAUUAUCAAAGAAGGAUUUAAUGAAAAAAUUAAGGAAAUGGAUGAAAAAAUAAUAAAUAUUGAAAAUGAUAUUAAUCUUUAUAAAAAUUCAAACAUUAGCAGUGAAAAUCAAGAAUUAAAUGAAUUAUUAAUUUUAUUAAAUGAAAUUAGAUAUUAUAAUGAUUUCACUAUUAAUCAUUUUAAUCAUUAUUUAAAUUUUAUAAAACAAGUUUUACUAUUAAAAAGUCAAUGUAAAAAUAUUAAAUUACAACAAAAACCAAUAACCUCAAAUGAACAAAAUAAUAAUAUUUCACAAUUAGAUUUAUUGGUAGAAUCAUUAAUUAAAAAACAUAAUAAUAAUAACAUUAAUAAUAACAAUAACAAUAACAAUAAUAAUAAUAACAUUGGUAGAUGUUAUAGUGUUGGAAGUGAUAGAUCAUUAAAAGAAUCAAUUAGGUCAACCUCAUCUCUUUCAAAUUUUAGUGUUUCAUCUUUAAAUACAGCACCAAUUUUAAAUCCAAGUGGUAAAUGGAUAUUACCAUCAAAUUUUAAAAAGAUUAGCACUGGAUUAUAUCAAUUUGGAAGCAAAAGAAUUAAUGCUUCAAUUCGUGAUUCUGAUGGUAAUUUAGUAGUCCGUGUUGGUGGUGGUUAUUUAUUAUUUGUUGAUUUCGUUUAUAAAUAUGGUGAAAGAGAAUCUUUAAAAUUAAAAUCUCAAUUAAAAUCUUCACAAAAUACAAUUUGA